UCGGCUGCGUUCCCGCGUUCACCGCGUCUUGCUGAGCCUUCCUCUGUGCAUAAUGGAGGGAGGCGUGAGGAGUCGGGUCGCCGUCUGUGGCCUCGCCUGCCCCAAGCUUCUGCUCAAGCAGUCCUCUCUCAUUCUUCCCCAAGGGUCCCUGCUGGAAGAAAUCGGGCCCCAAGUGUGGUCUCUGCUCUCUCAAGUGUUGAGCAUUGGACGUGGUUUGAGAACCAAGUUCUGCGCAUUAGUAUCCAUCCUUUCAACUAGUGGUGACACUUCAGUUGUGCUUAAAGAGGACCACUCCUCCUCCAUUGGCUGCAGCCUUACUUCAGCUGUUAAUCAAGGCAGCAUGUCGGCUGAAACACCAAUCACACUGAAUAUUGAUCCUCAGGAUCUACAGGUACAAACAUUCACUGUAGAGAAGCUACUGGAGCCACUCAUAAUCCAGGUUACUACACUUGUAAAUUGUCCCCAGAAUCCUUCCAACAGGAAAAAAGGACGUUCAAAAAGAGCCAGAGUCCUCCUAGCUUCUGUGGAGGAAGCAACUUGGAAUUUAUUAGACAAGGGAGAGAAGAUUGCCCAGGAAGCCACAGUUUUAAAGGAAGAGCUUACUACUGCACUUGAGGAAGUUCGCAAAGAAAGUGAAGCUCUGAAAGUAUCAGCUGAGAGAUUUGCAGAUGAUCCCUGUUACCUCCCCAAAAGGGAGGCUGUGGUUCAAGCUGCCCGUGCCUUGUUGGCUGCAGUUACCAGACUCCUCAUCCUCGCAGACAUGAUAGAUGUCAUGUGUCUCUUGCAGCACGUGUCAGCUUUUCAAAGAACAUUUGAGUCUCUCAAAAAUGUUUCCAAUAAAUCUGACCUCCAGAAAACCUACCAGAAGCUUGGGAAGGAGCUGGAAAAUCUGGAUUAUUUAGCCUUCAAACGUCAGCAGGACUUAAAAUCUCCAAAUCAGAGGGAUGAAAUCGCAGGGGCCCGGGCCUCACUGAAGGAGAACUCCCCCCUCUUGCAUUCAAUUUGCUCAGCUUGUUUGGAACAUUCUGAUGUUGCUUCCCUCAAAGCCAGCAAGGACACAGUUUGUGAAGAAAUUCACAAUGCCCUCAAUGUAAUUUCAAAUGCUUCACAAGGCAUCCAGAAUAUGCUUGCCCCACCAGAAUCUAAGGCAGCAACACUGGGAAGUGCCCUUGAUGAGCUUGAGAAUUUAAUUGUCUUGGAUCCACUCACAGUGACUGAGGAAGAAAUUAGACCAUCACUAGAGAAACGUCUUGAAGCCAUUAUCAGUGGGGCUGCACUAUUGGCUGACUCUUCAUGCACUAGAGAUUUCCAUCGGGAACGGAUUAUUGCAGAAUGCAAUGCCAUUCGCCAGGCUCUCCAGGACCUGCUUUCAGAGUACAUGAACAAUGUAGGUAACUUGUUUUCCGCCAACCUCAUGCACUGGAUGCAAAAGCAAACAGAUACACAUGCACAGUUACCCACAGACAUAGUCAGGGAUGGCCAUGUAAUUGUGGAGCUUGAUGCAAAAUGA